AUGUUUCUUUUCUUCAUAUAUUUUUUUCAUUUUCUUCUUUCUUUUCAUUUGCCUCUGCCUCUUUCUUUUUCUUCUCUUUCUUUCAUUUUUGUUUUUGUCUUCUUUUUUACCUCUUUUUUUCAAUUCCCUUCUUUUCUCUUUCUUUCUUUCUUUCUUUUUUUUUCCGUUUCUUUCUUUUCUCUUUUUCUUUGUUUCUUUUCUUUUUUUUGCUCCUUUCUUUUCCCUUUUUCUUUCUUUCUUUCCUCUUCUGCUUCAUUCUUUCCUUCUUCUGUUUCUUUAUUUUCUGUUUCUUUCUUUCUUUACUUCUUUUUCUUCUGUUGCUUUCUUUUCCCUUUUUCUUUCUUUCUUUCAUUCUUUCUUUUUUUCUUUCUUUUAUUCUUUCUUUUCUUUCUUUUCUUCUGUUCUUUCUUUCAUUCCUUCUUUUCUUUCUUUCUUUUCUUUCUUUCAUUCUUUCUUUUCUUUCUUUUCUUCCAUUUCUUGCUUUCUUUUCUUCUGUUUCUUUCUUUCAUUCCUUCUUUUCUUUCUUUCUUUCUUUUCUUCUGUUUCUUUCUUUCAUUCUUUCUUUUCUUUCUUUUCUUCUGUUUCUUUCUUUCAUUCCUUCUUUUCUUUCUUUCUUUUCUUCUGUUUCUUUCUUUCAUUCUUUCUUUUUUUCUUUCUUUCUUUCUUUUCUUCUGUUUCUUUCUUUCAUUCCUUCUUUUCUUUCUUUCUUUCUUUCUUUUCUUCUGUUUCUUUCUUUCAUUCUUUCUUUUUUUCUUUCUUUUAUUCUUUCUUUUCUUUCUUUUCUUCCUGUUUCUUUCUUUCAUUCCUUCUUUUCUUUCUUUCUUUCUUUCUUUCUUUUCUUCUGUUUCUUUCUUUCAUUCUUUCUUUUUUUCUUUCUUUCUUUCUUUUCUUCUGUUUCUUUCUUUCAUUCCUUCUUUUCUUUCUUUCUUUCUUUCUUUCUUUUUUUCUGUUUCUUUCUUUCAUUCUUUCUUUUUUUCUUUCUUUUAUUCUUACUUUUCUUUCUUUUCUUCUGUUUCUUUCUUUCAUUCCUUCUUUUCUUUCUUUCUUUCUUUCUUUCUUUUCUUCUGUUUCUUUCUUUCAUUCUUUCUUUUUUCUUUCUUUCUUUUCUUCUGUUUCUUUCUUUCAUUCCUUCUUUUCUUUCUUUCUUUCUUUCUUUCUUUUCUUCUGUUUCUUUCUUUCAUUCCUUCUUUUCUUCCUUUCUUUUAUUCUUUCUUUUCUUUCUUUCAUUCUUUCUUUUCUUCCAUUUCUUGCUUUCUUUUCUUCUGUUUCUUUCUUUCAUUCUUUCUUUCAUUCUUUCUUUUCUUUCUUUUCAUUCUUUUCUUUUGUUUCUUGCUUUCUUUUCUUCUGUUUCUUUCUUUCUUCAAACUUUACGUUAAAAAAAAAGACGGAUUUGCGCUGAUAUUAUUGUUGCUAUGUAAGAUAUAUUUCAUUAAAUUACUAUCUAUCUAUCUAUCUAUCUAUCUAUCUAUCUAUCUAUCUAUCUAUCUAUCUAUCCUAAUCGAUUCAUUAUUCUAUCUAUCUAUAUAUAUAUAUAUAUCUAUAUAUAUAUAUAUAUCUAUAUACAUAUAUAUCUAUCUAUCUAUCUAUCUAUCUAUCUAUCUAUCUAUAUAUCUAUCUUCUCUUGAUAAUAGAGUUUUAUUCAGUUCGUUUUGUUCCAGUCAGUUAAAAUAUUCUUUCUUUCUUUCUUUUUUCUUUCUUUCUUUUUUCUUUCUUUCUUUUUUUCUUUCUUUCUUUCUUAGCUAA